AUUUUCCAGAAUGUUGGCAAGAUGACUGUAAAAUGCGCUUCUUAUUCUCGUCGGUGCGAUCCCGAGGCGCUGAGAACGCAGAGAACGAAAAGACGGCAUUCUGGAGGCAUUUAAUUGGGAAAUAUUGUCAAUUUUUGGAUACAGCCAUCUUUAGCCAGCGUGAGCUACAAUCAUGGUUUAUGCGGGGUGACCAGUCGCCCGCGUGUUUGGACCUCGUAAUUGCCAAGAUGCAGCAGACGAGAGAAAUUCGAGCACGCAGCGACUACGAGAACGAGUUACGUAGCACCUGGCACACCUGGGCUUUAAAUAUUUUUGUGAAACGACCUCUUAGCUGGGCCUGGCAGAAGCUGUGGCAUAACCCGAUAUCCGAGGACCUUAAAUGGGUGCACUUAAAUACUCUAAAGAUACAAUGCGAUAGCUUAGAAAAUAAGGUAUUGAAAUACAAUCGCGGGAAGUUGCUAUAUUUUGAAGCAUUUGAGGCACUUUGUAGUACGUGUGAUUUAAAGAUCCAUUCAGAAUCACUAGCGCUAUGUCUGCAGACGCUGCAUACCCGAAAAGGUCUGGGCUUAAAGUAUAAAGAUGGAAAACAAAAGCGGCUUAUUCAUCUCAUCAAAAUACCAGAAGGCAACGAUGCGAAUAUGGAUAUUACCGAACUAGAUCUGGCCCUCCACAGACUACAGAUGACCAAGACUAGUCUGUUGCAGCAAAUGGAGAAACUUGAAGACGAAUGUAAAUUCAAUGAUAAAAAAGUGCAUCAAUACGUGAAGGAGAAUAAAAGGCAGUUGGCAAAAGUGUAUUUGCGAAGAAGGCAUUUGGUGGAGAAAAAUCAUGAGCGACGUGGCAUGGCUCUGCUUCAUGUUGAGAAACUGUUCGCUAAUGUUGUCGAAGCUCAGAACAACGGCUUUGUUUUCGACGCCUAUAAAAUUGGCACAAAAGCACUGCAAAAAGUGCUCAAUGAUUGCGGCUUGAAUUUCGACAAUAUUGCCGAGGUGCUGACUGAUACUCACGAUAUUUUGGAGCAGCACAGAGAACUACAAACAGAGCUAGCGAACGAGGUUGUGGUAUUUGCCGAGGAAGAGGAUCUAGAAGCCGAACUGCGAAAUAUAAAUGACGAGGCAUCGAAGGAAAUCACAGAUUGGCAAACCAAUGCUAUGCUGGAUAUGCUAAAGCCGGAAGAGGAAGAAGAAAAUGGGUCUGACAUCGAAGCCGUCAGCCAAACCUCAGCUACAGCUCACUGCAGUUGUUAA